AUGGCUGGCCAGUCCUUAGAAAAGAGUUUUUAUAGACUAGGUGGGUUCAUAGAUGCCAGAGAUACCAUGAACAUCUGGUGUGUGACCAAAGUGAUCGAAAUAUCUCCUAACGAAAGUUCUCUCAAAGUCCGCUACGACGGCUGAAGCGAUAAAUGGGAUGUCACGUUUCCAGUUUCCUCAAAUAAAAUUGCCCCAUUCAGAAAAUUCAGCAGAAACUACACAGGACAAAAAAAGCAAGCAAUCCGCUACUGAAAUUUCUCCCAGCAAGAAGUCGAAGAAAUGGACAAGCAGCUAAAAGACCUUAUGCAAGGCAGCUUGAGAACUGGAGAUCCUUAUGAGACCACACAGUUCCUCCGAGGCAGAAUGUUUACACUAGUUGACUGCCUCCUUACUCACACUUAUAAGAACAAAUCAGUCGAACCUUAUAUAGCAAUGAGCUACUUUACAACUGUAAUUGAUUAUAUUGUCUUGUGAAUGAAAAAUGCAAAAGAUUUAUUUCCACUUUACUAUGAAGGAAUCGCCAAUCCAGGGCUGUUUUUGACUGAUGAUGCAGUAGCACUGGCUAUGGCGUGGCCAGAGCUGCUGUGCACGCUUGGAAGGAUUUUUGGGCUUGAUGAAAGGACUAAUAAGUAUAUGAAGACUUAUUCGUUCUGGCCAAAAGACUAUGAGCCGACUAGUGAAAUCACUACAAAAGGAAGCGGAAAUUUGUGCCUGCUGUACGUGCUGAAUUAUUUUGCAAAAAUUGGAGGAUUUCAAACGAUUUUAGGCCUGCUAAAUGAGCAAGAGUAAGACUUAUAUAGUGAAAAGAAAAAAAUGCCGUUUGAAUUUAUACAGAAUUUGCCAGUUUAUGAGCUUUUUUCAUAUUUUUCUAAAGGGUUUGCAGAUGAAUGGGUACAGAAUUUCAAGGAUUUGCUGCUAGGGGUGAGACUGGAGUCUAUGACCCCUAGAGAUAUUAAGGAUUUGGACAAAGAAGUGAUUUCUGAUAUUUUAAUAAAAUUUAGAAGGCUUAUGAAUGAAUUUGAUAGGAAAAAUGACUAUUGGGAUUUAUGGCUAUUUAUAGUAAAUUUAUAUAUAAAAAUAAAUAAACAUAAAAAAAUAAGUAUAUAAUAUAAAAAAAUUUAAUAGAAAUGGCUGAGCUAGAUAUAGCGGUAAAGUGCUUGAAAUCGCCUUAUUUUGAGAAGAGGAUUAAGGGGCUGAAUGAAAUUAAAGAUAUGGCUGAAAGAGUCAUGCAGAGAGGAGUAUUUGUCCAGGGGUAUUCCAAAGGGACAAGAUAUUUGACACCAUCACUUAUGUCAGAGUGGCUUAUAAGGGAAAAAAUAAUAGAGCAGGUGCUGGAUUAUUCACAUAUUGAGAUGAUAAAAAGAGUUUCUGAUCUUUUAAUAUUUUUAAGCAAAUCUGACGCACUAAAACAAGAGCAUUUAGAACUCUUGUGGAGCUCUGCCCAAAACAAGCACGAUUCUUUAGUGAUCGCGACUUAUCAAACUAUUGUAGAAAUUGCACCUUUUAUUAAAAAAGAUUUCCAUUUGUUUUUAUAUGAUAAAAUGAAGACAAAGCCAGUCUAUGAAUAUGAUGAAAGAUAUUUGAAGGUCCUUAAAGAUUUUACUAUAAGGGCAAUGGAUUUUGCAUAUAAAGCGAGGAUUGAGGUAGAUGAAUUUGCUGUCCCAAUUUUUUAUGAUUUAUUAUACUGUGGUAAAUUGGGCUGUUUAUAGGUAUUUUAUUAAAAUUUUUUUUCUUGAAUAUAUAGAAAAAAUGUAUAUUGGAUACCAGUCCUUUGGCUUUUAAUGACCUAGCGACUGACUGUAUUUCAGAAAUCAUAAGAAUCCCAGCUUGCAAAGAUAAGCUAUGGUCAGGGCUUGAGUUCUGCAUAAAAAAUCUAGAAGAAGGCCAUUCAAUUCCACAGUCAUUAAAACUGUCAAUGUCAAUUCUUGAUAAUUUCUCGAUCUAUAAAGUCUCUGCUAAUUCUAAAGAAGAGCAGCUCAAAAAGCUUGAUUCUAAGGUCGAUGGUCUCAUCAAGCUAAUUAUCAGCAGCUUUGAAAACUAUAUUGCCCAAGCCACAAAUAUCGCAGAAACCAGACAAGUCACUGAAAAAGAAAUAUUACCCCUCUUAUAAUUAAUUAUAAAAACCAUCAUUUUUUCUAUUAAUUUUCCAUUAUAUUUUCCUAUUUCUUUUUUCCCAGAAAUAAUUGGGAAAUAUUCCCACAAAGAAAACAUCAAAAAAAGAAUCGAGUUUUUAGAGUACGUUUUAUCAUCAAAAUCCUUUACCCUCACAAUAGAAGAUUUCGCCAAACUUUGGCUGUUUUUAGUCAAAAACCCAGUGACACCGAAAGACAAAAAAAUGUUUUUCAAGUGGCUCCAAAAAGUAUGCAGGGACAUUUUCCAGUCAAAAUUGGCUGAAAUUUUUGAGGAUUUUUUUUGUAACCCUGAGCAGCUUAUCCCAGAAACAAUUACUAUAGAAGCUUACCAAUGCUUUCAGAAAUUAUUUUUAGUAGUAAACGCCAAUGAAAGAAAUAUAGAAACUCGUGGGAUUACACUUCAGCUGAGGACUAAUGUAAACUUAAUAGGCCUUUCUGCAUUAAUGGAAAUUCUUCUCAAAGCCCAGGACCCUCAAAUAAUAACCCAGACCACCUAUCUUGUAGUAAAUCUCAAUAUGAGGCUUGGAAAGCAGCUUUUUGCUAGGAAAGAAGAAAUUUGGGUCAGUUUUGUAGACAGCUGCUUACGGUAUAUAGACGAUAAUAAAAACAACUCAGAAAUCAUUAAAAGGAUUUUAAAGAUUUUGAUGACCUUUUUAGAGGACUCUGCGUCCAAAGAUGAGCCUACCAACGGAAAUACCAUGCUUUAUUAUGCAAAAGCUGCCAAUGAAACUGACUAUAAAAAAGUUUAUAUUAAUAGUGGAUUGACCCUUGGAUUUUUAAGGAGAAAAUUAGCUGAAUUAUAUAAAAAACACUCCCAAAGCAUUGUUAUGAAUAUAGGAAACGUCAGAUAUGACUCUUAUGACGACGAUUUGCCGCUGACUUCUUUAAAAGCGACACUGGUGGUCGUUGAUUUUGUGCAGCCGAAAAAGGACGAAAUUACGCCAAUACAGCUACUUGCGAAACAUCAGCAAGUCCUUGAUACCCUUUUUCAGCUUUUGUCACAGCCUGACCAAGACUACGUCGACCAAGCUUGGGCUCUAUUGACAAGCUUACCUAUAAAUGAAAGAAUUAUAAACCAGCUUAAUGAGCUGACGUUACCUUUGCCGCAGUUAUUAGACCAUAAUUCUGUUUAUAAGCUGCUUUAUUGUUUACUUAUUAUAGAAAAACUAGUAAAAGAUGAAAAAUGGGCUGAAAAAUUCAUUGAUGUAGGAGGGGUUGUUUAUUUAAUUUCUAUUUAUAUGGAAAUUGAAGUGCCGAUUGGGAAAAACCCGACCCUUGCUUUGAAAUUUAACUCAGUUGUAGUAAACCUCCUGCAAGAAUUUUUUUCUUUAUGAUUAUUAAUGUAAAUUAAAUGCUAGAAAAUAGACUAUUAUUUUUGAUUUUAUCAGAAAAUAGGGAAUUAUUUUUUAAAAUCCACCGUUUAAUUAGCAUAAAAAAACUAUAUCAACUGAUGCACCUACUCCUCAAAUUAUUGGCAAAGUCCUUGAUUCUUUAUUGCUAGUAGCAACAGCUGCCCAAAACGACGAGGACCAAAUCACAAUUGCUAGAAACGCUAAUAAACUUAUAUGUUUAUUAGGAGAAAAAGAUGCAAAUUUAUGUAUCGAGACCAUUAAAAACCAUCAAAAAAUGCCACAGCUUGUGCAUGAUGCUCUUUUAAUAUGUAAGAAUAAGCUGUUUACGUCUACAAUGAUGAAUUUAUUGCUUGAGCUUUCAGUUCAUCAUCCACAAAUAAGCGAAUUUAUAUUAGAGCUUAUGCUUGGGGUGUUAGAUGCUGCAUUUGAGCACCCAGAAAUGAGCGAACACUAUUGGAAUUUAUUAGCCCACAUGGUCAGAGAAGCAGCUUUAACAGAAAAACUGCGAGAAUCCAACCAAAAAUUAAUCAGUGUAUUAACACAAAAAAUGCCUGAAAAAUCUAGUAUCCCGUUUUCUCCUUAUUCUCCUUUUAUUUUCCUGAUAUAUUUUUACUAAAAUUCAUUAUAAAUCAUCAUAAAGACAUCGACAACAUUUUAUGUGGAAUUUUAAAGGUCUUAAAAGUCGGUAUUAAAAAAUUUGAAGGGGACAUAAACACUGAUUUAGUUUACUUGGUACUCCAUUCCUGCCUAUUUGAAAUCCCUACCAAUAACCAUCUAGCUGAAAAUAUCCCACCCAAAUGCAAAAGUCCUGAGUCCCGCAAAGAAGCGUUUAUGCUACUUCUUCAGCUUUGUUUUUCUAGUGAAGAAGCUUUGAUACAGACUAUGAGAUAUUUAAAUAAGCUGCAUGAAGAUCCACAUUGGAGGACUGGGAAAAUUGCGGAUUGGAAUUAUUCUCCAAAUGCCCAUGAAAAAUCAGAGACUGGCUUUGUAGGGAUUAAGAACUUAGGGUCGACUUGUUAUAUGAAUUCUAGUAUUCAGCAGUUAUUUAUACUGUAAUAAAUUGGUUUAAUGUAUUUUUUUUAUUUUUUAAUAAAAAUUGACAAUUAAUUAAAAAAUUAUAAUAUUCCUAGCUUUAGAGAUGGAAUUUUGAGGGCUCAAGACAAAAGUGGGAACCCUCCUGAGGACAGUCUGCUGUAUCAGCUUCAGUCGAUUUUUGCUGGACUUUUGUAUUCUGAUAAGCAACAUAUUAACCCUAAAGCUUUUUGUGGGGCUUUUAAAGACUGGGAAGGAAAACCGGUAAAUCUUCAUGAGCAAAUGGACGCUGACGAAUUUUUCAAUAAUUUCAUGGACAGGCUUGAAAAUCAGCUGAAAGGCGACACCUAUGAGCAUAUAGUGAAAAAUCAUUUUGGAGGGUUAAACACUACAGAAAUGAUUGGAAAAGUGACCUGCACCCACAAAAGUGAACGAGAUGAGCCAUUUUUAACGUUGCCAGUCCAGGUAUUCAAUUUCUCUUAUAAUCCCUAUUUUUUUUCCAAUUCUGUUUUAUCAGAAAAUUCAAUAAAAAGCCCUAUAAGGACCAAGAAAAAUUUAUAUGAAAGCUUAGAAAGCUUCACUGAAGGAGAAGUCUUAGAAGGAGACAACGCAUACCAAUGCGACCAUUGUGAAGCCAAAGUGACAGCCCUAAGAAGAGUUUGUAUAAAGCAUUUACCAAAUAUUCUGAUUAUCAGCAUGAGGAGGUUUGAAUUUGAUUUUGAUACAAUGUCAAGAAUUAAAGUUAAUGAUUACUGUGAAUUUCCAUUAGAACUUGAUAUGGAGCCUUAUAUACCUGAAUCUAAUAGAAAAUAUUAAUAAUUUUUUUUUUAAAAAAAAUUAAGGCAUAAUAAUGAUAAAAAGCAUACACAAGAAGGUCUAGAACGAAAAGAAAUAAUUAAAGAAAAAGAGCAAGCCAAAAACGAAAAUAAAGAAUUCACCAAAGAAAUUCCUAAUAGAAAAUACCCAGACGAAUAUUACAAAUUCACGUUAAAAGGCAUCGUAAUACAUAUGGGAACCGCUGAAAGUGGGCAUUACUAUUCUUUUAUCAAGGACCGAAAAUCAGGGCGAUGGUUUGAAUUUAAUGAUACUGUCGUCAGGGAGUUUGACCCAGAAGACAUCCCUAAUGAAGCCUUUGGUGGUGAAGAAAAAUGGUCUUAUUCCUCAUCGUCUUUUAGCUCAUCUUCAACCACAAAUAACCGAGAAAAAUACAGAAAUGCCUAUUUACUGAUAUACGAAAGAAGCAAUGCAUAUGCAAUAAAAAAUUCGUCAGAAGACCCAUUGAUAAGCCUUUCACUUGACAGACAUGAUGGAGAAAUAAAAGAGUUUCAUGAGGUAAAAGACGAAAACGAGAGAUAUUGGAGAUGCAAAUCUAGCUUUAGUCCUGAGUAUUGCGAUUUUGUAUUAAAAUUAUUGAAAAUUGGAAGACCAGAUAUGCUGUAAUAUAUGAAUAGAUUUGGGUAUUAGAAAAUUUUUGAAAAAAAAUAAGGAAAAUUAAGAGGGAUUAUAUUAAAAUUUUCACUUGGAUUUUUCUUGACAAUUAUGAUCAGGUCUAAAGAAAUUUUAUUUUUGCCUUCUUUUGUGAAUAUGCUUAAAGAGCAACUGAAAAAUGACCCAGAAGUUAGUGAAUGGCUAUUAGAGCUUGUCUCUCUCAAAGAAACCUGCAGAGAGCUACUAAUGGACUGCCCAGUAAACGAAAAGCGCCGAAUAAUAGCUGGGAUCAUCCAUUCUGCCAUAAAAUCAGUCUCCGCCUUGGUCCAAGAAAAUUUCUUAAAGCGUCUCCUAAACCGCUUAUACCUCGCCAAAAAGCCCCAAAGCAAAAAUUUCUCCCAAUAUUUCGAAGUCAUUUACCGACUCACAAAAUUCAAUAGUGACGUUAUCCAUUCCACCCAGCUCAUGAGCCGCUUGCUCUCCCACAUUUUAGACGAAAAAGUGCUUUACCCUGAUUUUCCUGAAAGUUAUAUACAUAAUGACAUCUUUUUAGGGUACGAUAAAUAUGCUGUAAUAGACGACGAAUCCAGAAGUGACCGAAUUGGCUCAUCAAUAGGUUCUUCUUUUGCAUAUUUAUUAGCUACUUUGCAGCUUGGGACCAGUUCUUUGCCUCCUACUGAUAUUGAUAAACUUAUGGAAAAAAAUUCUAUGGUUAAACUGGCUGUAGAAGGGCAAAAUAAAAUAGGCUCAAGGGCCGUUGGGCAGCUGUACGCGACUAUUUGUAUACAUAAUUUGGCAGCUUCUUGUCAGUAUAUAAAUAUUUUGUUGACUUUUAUUAGAGAGUAUGAUUUUGAUGCAUUUAGGCCGUAUAUGAGGCAGCUUACGUGGAUGCUAAAGCUGCCGGAUUCUAUACAAGUGGAUAGGGUUGACUAUAUUUUGAAGAGUUUUAAUGAAAUUAUGAAGGAUAAUAAAAACUAUUAUAGAGCCACUGAGACGUGUAUUGAUUAUUUAUUCAAAAUUAUGACGAGGAUUCAGCCAGUCAGAGAAUGGGUGUUAAGGAAAUAUAAAGAUAUUAAAUGGAUAGAAGUUUGGCUUAAGGAUAGUCAGUAUCCUACAGCUAGUGGAAUGGGAAGGUCUCCUAUUAGUAUUUAUAAGCCAAGGACACAGAAUUGGAGCACUUCUAAUUACACGCCUAAAAAUCAUUGGGUGUUAUAAAAAAUUUAAUGGAAAUUGCAUUAUAUAAAAGGAUUUUUUUAAUUUUUAUGAAAAAAUUUACUAUAAUUACCUAAAAAUCUUGCUGAUAAAGUAGAAUUUUUCAAAAAAGUAAUGAAAGGAAGCAUACCUGAUAGGUCAGCUGAAUGGGAUAGUGAUGGGGAAAUAGAUGAAGAAUGCUUGCAGGAAGGGAAAAAAUUAGACGCCAUUGAUAUUGCAGGACAAAAAUGGACAAAAGCGACUAUUGUGCAGUCAAUGGGAGAGCUAAUUUAUUUGAGAUAUGAUGGUUAUGGAGAAAAAACAAGCAGGUGGGUGGACUCGCAGAGUGAGACUAUUGCUCCAGAAGGAUCAAAAGUGAUAAAAACCAACUCGCUAUAUGGAUAA